UAUGCAUACAAUGGACCAUCCUCCUUAGCAGGUCCAAAAUCCGUACCUCCUUCUUCCCCCUGCUAUAACCAAUUUGGACGCGCCCGAUUUAACUUAAUCACGUGAUCUAAUUAUGCGCAAUGACUUAUACAUGAUUUCUGUCGCAGUGUUGCGACAGCCAAUCAGAUUGCGAGUUCUUAAUCGGGGAAAUGGUAACUGCUUAUCGCAGGGGGUAAAAAGAAAGAAUAUGUUCUGGAUUUUGAAACCCUGUGAUCGGAGGAUGACAAUGGACUCACCAAUUGCUUUUACCAUUCUUAAAUCAAAAUUAAUGCAACUCUAUAUAUUUCCAGGACUCCGAGACCCCACUAUGGUAAACCAAACUACUUCAAAACCUUAUCCUAAAUAUGUGUGCCCAACAUGCAAUAAGACACUGAACAAUGUUGGUAAUUUUAACUAUCACUUGAGGACCCAUACUGGCGAGAAGCCAUUUGAAUGUGAGCUUUGUUUGAAGAGGUUCAGAGCUAAGUGCACAUUAAAACAACACUUAAUGAUCCAUACUGGAGAGAAACCAUUUGAAUGUAGAGAAUGUGAUAAAAGAUUUCACCAGAAGAAUCACCUAAUAACUCAUAUGAAGAAGAUCCAUACUGGUGUAUAGCAGAUGCAAGAGAUGAAGAUCAUGACUUGUGUAUAAGAAAAAAGAGACUUUUAUAUUAUAUACACAUAAUACACAUACUGGUAUAUAAUGGACGUUAGAGACAAAAGACUGAAGAUUGGAGUUGUAUAUAAGAGAAAAGAGAGUAUUAUAUAGACCAUUGCCCAUUAAUACAUACAGGUGUUUGAUGGGCAUUAGGGACAAUAGACAAUAUUGUAUACACUGUAAGAAAUAAGAGACUGUUGUAAUUUGGAGAAAUUAUAUAGAUCCAAAGUUAACAAAUGUCGUGUUGAACAUAAUCUGUGGAUAUCAAAGGAAAUGAUUGUCUAAUAAAUAACUUUUUGGAACAAAAUUAGCUUUACUUGUUGUAUGAUCUGUUCAAAAUACAUUAGUUAUUUUAGUUUAAUUAAAGUUAUUUUGAAACCUUGAACAUU